CUUCGUAAAUUCGCUAUGUGUAAUCUCAGAGAAUCUUGUCAGUGGUUUCAGAUAGCUUCUACACAUCAGUUCUCAUCUUGUAACAAGUAAAAAUUUGCGAUUAUUAGCUAAUAGUGACAUGAUGUCGCGCGUAGCUGUGGUAACUGGCGGGAACAAAGGGAUUGGUUUUGCAAUUGUAAAAGGUCUGUGCGAGCAAUUUGAUGGGAUAGUUUAUCUGACUGCAAGGAACGAGGCUAAAGGUCAAGCUGCAGUUGAAGAGCUCAAAAAACUUGGUCUUCAACCAAGAUUCCAUCAACUUGACGUCACUGACGACUCAAGUGUCGACACGUUCAAACAGUAUAUCAGCGACAUUCAUGGAGGACUCGAUGUACUCGUUAACAAUGCUGCAAUCGCCUUCAAGCACAAUUCGCUUGACCCGUUUUCUUACCAAGCAUCAGAGACCAUAAAAGUGAAUUACUUCGGCUUGGUGAGAGUUUGCAAGGCACUGUUUCCACUACUGAGAGACCAUGCUAGAGUUGUUAAUCUCAGCAGCAGCGCUGGACACUUGUCGCGAAUACAGGGAGACGAGUUGAAGGCUCGACUUGCAAGUCUGACGCUCACUGAGGAUGACCUAAGCCAAAUCAUGAGGGAUCUCAUCAACGCAGCGCAGACUAACACUCACAGAGAAUUGGGAUGGGCCAACAAUGUUUACUCAGCUAGCAAGGUGGCUGUGUCCGCUUUGACUCGCAUUCAACAAAGGGCGUUUGACGAAGAUGCCAGAAAAGACAUCGCUGUAAAUUCUGUACAUCCUGGUCUUGUCGAGACGGACAUGACGAGCCACAGAGCACAUUUAACUCCCGAAAGAGGUGCACGAGCUCCCUUAUACCUGGCAUUCCUAACGAAGAAUACGAAUAUCAAGGGAAAAUACGUCUGGCACAAUAAUAUUAUCGUUGAUUGGAUUAAUGAUCCCUUGCCCGGUCCGUACUAGACGACCAUUGUUAUUCUCUCCAGUGUUACUGUAGACAAUUCUGAUAGAAAUCCAAAUGUUUGCUGACUAAUGUUCAGCACAUUAGUACUGUAUGUUAAUCAGUGCUUGAAAAUUAAAUUGACAGGAUGAAGAUGGCAUAUUGAUUUUGUCUAUAUCAUCUGAAGUAAUAAACGAGUAGUUAUUACUUA